UCGCCUCUAAAUGUCACACGACACCGUUUCGCCUCCUCUAAACGGUGCAGUUUCAGUAGCUGCGUAAGUUGCUAGCUAAAUUACCAAUUCACACAUGGGAAAUGGAGUCAGUGGCUGUUGCGCGGGAACCGCCGCCGGAGAAAUUCACUGUCAGUACGAUGUCGGCGUCGGACCGGUUCCCGACAAUCUCGGCCACUCCUUCUGCUAUGUGCGGCCAGUUCGCACUGGAUCAAAUUCUUCCUUCCCGCCCGAACCGUCCCUCCGACCCGACCCGAUUCCCGGAACUACCACCACUUUCCGUUCAAUCUCCGGCGCAUCGGUUAGCGCCAAUACUUCAACGGCGCUCACUGCCUAUCCGUCGACAGACGCGUCGGUAUUGGCCUCCGGAUUCGAGAGCUCCAAUAAAUUCGCCUCCCUGCCGCUCCAGCCCGUGCCGCGUGCUCCGAUCAAGAAGCCGGGUCACGGGUCGGGUGUAUUCGAGCGCCGGUUCUUGUCUGGUCCGAUCGAAAGCGGAUUGGGUUCCGGGUCAAUUGGGAAGAAAAAGGAGAAAGAGAAACCAAAAAAGAUCAGUAGAAAAAAAUCAUCUACCAAAUCCAAAUCGAAUAAGAAAUUCGUCACGUUCAAAAGCAUUUUCAACACUCUGAUAUCUAACAAUCUAUCCCGGUCAAAGAAGAGCGUGAUCGAGCCAAUCGACGGUUCCGAUUCAUCUGACGUAUCAUCAGAUUCGGAUCAUUACAGACCUGAGAUGAACAACUCAACCACGAAUCAUAGCAGCCACGAAAGCCCUGAAACCAAAGAAGAAGACGAAGAUAAGACUGAGUCUGCUCUGGAGGAGCCAAAGAUUCAAUGGGCGCAGGGGAAAGCAGGGGAAGAUAGAGUACACGUCAUCCUCUCUGAGGAAAACGGCUGGCUUUUCGUCGGGAUUUACGACGGAUUCAGUGGUCCAGAUCCUCCGGAUUAUCUUCUCAACAAUCUCUACACAGCAGUUCUCAAAGAGCUCGAGGGGUUGCUAUGGAACGACAAAUUCGAAUCAGUAUCCGAGAAUAUCGAACCGUAUAGCGAAAACGACGAGUCCGGGAUUGGGAAACAGAGUCCACUCGAGCACGGUUUCGAUUUGGGUCAAGAAAACUGCACUGUGAUGAAUGGGAACAAUGUUGCUUGCGAAUCAAGAAACAUGUCGAAUAAUGCAAACAAGUUGCAAUGGAGGUGCGAGUGGGAGCAUAACGCAAGAAGUAACAACAGCUCUAAUGAGAGUCGCAAGGACUACGAUUCUGGGAUGAUCAACCACGAAGACGUUCUAAGAGCUCUUCAACAAGCGUUGAAGAAAACAGAGGAAGCGUUUGAUCUGACGGUGGAUGAGAAUCCAGAACUAGCAUUGAUGGGAUCGUGCCUUCUUGUGACAUUGAUGAAAGGAGAAGAUGUUUACGUGAUGAGCGUCGGAGAUAGCCGAGCGGUUUUGGCUAGAAGACCUGAUCACAGGAGGAAGAAGAUGCAAAAGGAGCUUGAGAGAAUCAAGGAGGAGAGUCCAUUAGAAAACUUCUUGAUCACGGAAAGAGAAUUAAGCCUUUUGGUUCCUGUUCAGCUCAAUCAAGAACAUAGCACAAAUGUCGAAGAGGAAGUGAGAAGAAUCAAGAAGGAACAUCCUGACGAUGCGUUGGCGAUAGAGAAAGAUAGAGUGAAAGGUUACCUCAAGGUCACUCGUGCAUUUGGUGCUGGAUUUCUCAAACAGGAAGCCAUCUUCGAAGUCGACUCAUUCAUCUCAGCUUUCCCUGAAGGUGAUCCUGCUCAACAUCUCGUCCAAGAAGUCCUCCUUCGAGCCGCCAAGAAAUAUGGUAUGGACUUUCAUGAACUACUGGAGAUACCGCAAGGAGAUCGUCGAAAGUAUCACGACGAUGUUUCUGUGAUUGUUAUUUCACUUGAAGGAAGAAUUUGGAGAUCUUCCAUGUGAAUAUUAUUAUUAUUUUUAUUAGGGGAUUAAUCUUUUGAAGAAGAGACUAAUUAAAGUAACGUAGUUCUUUUGUUUUUUUUGAGAGGUUCAUUGAGUUUUUGCUAUAUCUAAUUUUUAACAAAACACGACCAGGACGUGUGUGUACGUGCACUUUUUUUUGGCAAUUGGAAUGUAAAAAA